UGUUCAAAAAGUUCACUUUUGAUGUUGUGAUUUGUUUUGGGACUUCUCACUGCAAGUUUUACCAAAAAUUGAGCAUGCCAAACUGGUACUACGAAAAAAAGGACCUCCGGAAUACUCCGUCGAUCCGGGAUGGAAUUGAUUUCGAGACGGAGCGGCGUUAUCGCAAGGAGGGAGCUCGCUUCAUCAUGCAAACCGGAACAUCGAUGGGCCUGGGGCACAACACGGUGGCCACCGGCGUUGUUUACUUCCACCGGUUCUACAUGUUUCACUCGUUCAAAACGUUCCCGCGGUACGUGACCUCGUGCUGUUGCUUGUUCCUGGCAGGGAAGGUUGAGGAAACACCGAAAAAGUGCAAAGACAUAAUCAAAACGGCUCGCGGGCUGCUCACGGAUCAAAAGUUUGUCUCGUUUGGCGAAGAUCCGAAGGAAGAAGUGAUGACGCUAGAGCGGAUUCUGCUGCAAACCAUCAAGUUUGACCUACAGGUCGAACACCCGUACUCGUUCCUGGUCAAGUACGCCAAGUGCCUCAAGGGAGACAGCGCCAAGCUGCAGAAAAUGGUCCAAAUGGCUUGGAACUUUGUCAACGAUUCGCUGAGCACGACCGUGUCCCUGCAGUGGGAACCAGAAAUCAUUGCCGUGGCGCUGAUCUACUUGGCCAGCAAGCUCAGCAAAUUCACCGUGGUCGACUGGGUUGGCAAACAGCCAGAACAUCUCAAGUGGUGGGACAUGUUUGUGCAGGACGUGACGAUGGAAAUCUUGGAGGACAUCUGCCAUCAGGUGCUGGAUCUGUACCAGCAGCCAAACAACGAAUCCCCGCCGGACAGUCCGCCCCAGUUGCCACCCAGUAAGGCUUCGCCGCCGAUGAAGCGCGCCAACAUCUCACCCGGAGCGAACAAAAACUCGCCCACCGUAAACAACCCUCCGCUGAAGACUUCGGCCCCGCCACCGCCCCUCCCGCCCAUCGAGAUGGAGGUGAACCACAUUCCGAAGCACAUCACGGACGCCCCACCCGGUUCCGGUGGUGGUCCCCCAGGUGGUGGAUACGGCGGCUAUCCGAUCUACCCGAUGCACCAGAGUCAGCCGCCGCCGUUGCCGCAUGGUAAUUCGUACGGAGCGCCACCGCCGGGGCCACCACCGCAGCAACAGCAGCAGCAGCAGUGGCAACAGCAGCAUUAUUCGCACCCGUAUUCGAAUAAUUACUAUAAUCGCUGAUUGCGAGCUGGGGGAAAAUGGAGCAAACAGAUAUGAAUAAAUUGUAAGUAUGAUAGAAUGGAAGAAUAAAAGAUUUAAUAUCUUUCAA